CCCGCACUCGCAUUGAAAAUUGAAACACAUGGACCCUUCAACUUGUGUCUGUCUGAACCGGAAGGGCUAUGCAAGUUUACGACAACGUUGAUAUUGCGUUCCUGUCGUCCAACUAGAAUCCGUCGAACUGUUCACGAGUCUGCCAGGUUCUCUUCCAUUGCUGCACGAGCCACACGCAGUCGCGUAAGAGGGGCUCAGCACUGCCAUUCUACCCCAGAUCAUAUCAGUUUCAUCAAACGUGCCAGUUGCUUUUGACGACCACCACUGCACAGCGAGCACUACGAGCUACAGCUCUAGUUAGGAAAUGGCACCAUCCCACUCGUUGUCCUGGUCUCAAAGCAACCUUGAAGAGGACCUUGACCUGCCGCCGUCUUAUCAAUCAGUGCUGAAUGCAGACCUUGGUGAAUCAUCAGCGUUUGCAUUGGUGCAACAUCGCGAUGCUCCUCUUCCGCCUCUUCCGCCGGCUGAGCCGAUCGCAUCCGAGCCGGCAUCGCUGCCUAGUCCACGCCCGACACCUUCCCAGCCGACAAUGCCGGAACCAAUCACUUACCCGCCGACCCCCCGCCCUCGACGUGAUCGUCGGGCCGAUACGGUUAACCGUGUCACCUCCCGGCCUUCCCCACCAGUACACCCACGUCGACGUAAUAGCACACGAAGUCCUCAAGUGCCCGAACCUAUUCGCGAGCGACGGCGGAGGCGAACUGCACACCCUAAUGCCCAACGAUCUGUCACUGAGCCCGUAUUCCAGACAGCUCGGGUCAGUCCUGGCAGAUCCAAUACCGUGCCACGUCGUUCGACCGUUGCACCUCAGCUUGAGUCCCCUUCACCUCUUCUGCGCACCUCCAACGAGCUCCUACUUCGUACACAGCAACGCCAGUCCCGCUUUUUCGCGUCCAAGUCCAAGACAGAACGAGAGCUUCGUGAGGCGAUCAAGGAGAUCGUACCACAGCUCGUUGAGGGAGAAGAAGGCGUGCUGGCCGUCCUGGAGAAUGCCUGCAAGUUAACCGGCGGUAAACUCACUCUGGGCAGUGUCCUGAGGGAUCGGAGUGGAAAGGUUCAAUGCGGUAGUCUCAGCAAGAACGCAUCCACGGCGUCGUUGAAAAGGAAGGACUCGAACCGUUGCUUGCUAUUUGCUGCUGUGAAGAAUGUGAGAGGCGAUGGAAUCUUGAGGGCUUUGCUCUUGCAUGCAGCUCCAAUACCCGCUGUUUCACCCACGAUGGAGGAUAUCAAGCUCGCAUGUCUCCUUCGUGGCGAAGGCAACCCCUUCUUUCAGAAAAUUCGCGGGUGGAUAGGGUUCAGACCGCUUGUCAAUGUCAUCGAACAAGGCGAUGCAGAAGGGUUCCAAGCUCAGUUCGAUUGGGAUGGCGGAGACGUCGAGUUCAUUGCGCGAGGCCGACUUUGGUCUCUCUCACAUCAGACUCAGCCAGCACCAAGGGUGAUUCUGUCGCUCCUAUCAGAGUCCCCGCCGACGUGGUUCGAUGGUCAUCUUGUCACUCCCAAGGCGGAAGUGCCGCUGCGAUCAACGGCACAGCUUAUCCCUGACCACCGCGGUCGUGGUAAGGAUAUUCUUAGUGUCCCGUGUACGGGCAAACUUGGCCGAGGAAGAUGUUAUAUUGAGGCGAGGCUGGAAAAGCCUCGGGACGAUGGGUGGUGUGUUAUAUGCUAGUCGCGAUUGGACUCAAUCACGGUGGACGUAUUAUACGAUACCGGACUUUCACUUUCGCUCAUUCAAGAGUUCGUCAUACAAUGAUGUACACUUGUCCUAGCAGGAUUAUGGACCAGUAAAUCUAUUUGGGGUAGUGUUACAGAAGUACAAACGGUGCUACAGUAGUGCAGAA